AUGGCGUGGGCCAACCAGGGAAUGCAAGCACUCAUUCCCGUUAUAAAUAGGGUCCAGGAUGCGUUUUCACAACUAGGUACCACUGUAAAUUUCGAACUGCCUCAAAUUGCUGUAGUUGGCGGACAGAGUGCUGGAAAAUCAUCGGUGUUGGAAAAUUUCGUUGGAAGAGAUUUCCUACCUCGCGGAUCCGGUAUUGUUACUCGCCGUCCGCUUAUUCUCCAAUUAAUUCAAGAUAGAAAUGAGUAUGCCGAAUUCUUGCACAAAAAAGGACAUUAUUUUACGGAUUUUGAUGCCGUUCGCAAAGAAAUUGAAGAUGAAACAGAUCGAGUUACUGGUCUUAAUAAAGGAAUAUCACCACAUCCAAUCAACUUGCGAGUUUUCAGUCCUAAUGUGCUGAACCUCACCCUUAUCGAUCUCCCCGGCCUAACGAAAGUACCAGUUGGCGAUCAGCCUCCCGAUAUCGAACAUCAGAUUCGAGAUAUGAUAUUGACGUUCAUAAACAGAGAAACGUGCUUGAUCCUGGCAGUAACACCUGCUAAUAGUGAUCUGGCCACAUCUGAUGCUUUGAAACUAGCGAAGGAAGUAGAUCCACAAGGCCUGCGGACAAUCGGAGUGCUGACAAAAUUAGAUCUAAUGGAUGAAGGCACUGAUGCACGUGAUAUUCUCGAGAAUCGUUUGUUCCCUCUUAGGAGAGGGUAUGUUGGAGUGGUUAACCGCGGUCAGAAGGAUAUUGUUGGAAAGAAAGAUAUCCGUUCCGCAUUAGAUGCCGAAAGGAAGUUCUUCAUGGCACACCCUGCCUACAGACAUAUGGCUGAUCGAUUGGGUACUCAGUAUCUUCAGCACACACUCAAUCAGCAGUUAACCAAUCAUAUCAGGGAUACUCUACCAACACUUCGUGACAGCCUUCAGAAGAAGCUUUUUGCAUUAGAAAAAGAUGUUGCUGAGUAUAAGAACUUCCAACCGAAUGAUCCAGGACGAAAAACUAAAGCAUUACUCCAAAUGGUGCAACAAUUCACCGUAGACAUUGAGAGGUCCAUUGAAGGAUCUUCAGCUAAACUUGUCUCGACAAACGAAUUAAGUGGUGGUGCAAGAAUCAACAGACUCUUCCAUGAACGUUUUCCGUUUGAAAUUGUCAAAAUGGAAAUUGAUGAGAAGGAAAUGCGAAAGGAGAUCCAGUUUGCAAUCCGUAAUAUCCAUGGUAUUAGGGUGGGGUUGUUCACACCUGACAUGGCUUUCGAAGCAAUCGCAAAAAAACAAAUCGCUCGUUUGAAGGAACCGUCGUUAAAAUGCGUAGAUCUUGUAGUAAAUGAGCUUGCCAACGUCAUUAGACAAUGUGCCGAAUGCCUAGCACGCUACCCAAGACUACGUGAUGAAAUCGAGCGAAUUGUUGUGACACGAGUCCGUGAGAAGGAACAAUAUGCAAAAAGCCAGAUAUCACUUAUCGUCGAUUAUGAGCUUGCCUACAUGAAUACAAAUCACGAGGACUUCAUUGGGUUCAGCAAUGCUGAAGCGAAAGCAUCUCAGGGACAAACAACAAAGAAGAACCUCGGCGUGCAAGUCAUCCGUAAGGGGUGGUUGUCCAUUAAUAACAUCUCAUUCAUCAAAGGCUCAAAAGAUUGUUGGUUUGUACUGAUGUCAGACAGUCUUAGCUGGUUCAAAGAUGAUGAGGAGAAGGAGAAGAAAUACAUGCUCCCAUUGGAUGGCAUUAAGUUGCGUGACAUUGAAAGCGGUUUUAUGUCCCGCCAACAUAAGUUCGCCCUCUUCUACCCGGAUGGAAAGAACAUCUAUAAAGACUACAAACAACUUGAGUUGGGAUGUAAUAACCUUGAUGAAGUGGACGCUUGGAAGGCUUCAUUCCUACGUGCUGGCGUGUAUCCCGAAAAGCAAAAGGCACCUGACGAUGAGAAUCAGGAGGUUGUUGAGGAGACUUCUAUGGAUCCACAGUUGGAACGUCAGGUGGAAACAAUCCGAAAUCUAGUGGAUUCUUACAUGCGGAUUAUCACGAAAACAAUCAAGGAUCUCGUACCAAAGGCUAUUAUGCACCUCAUUGUCUCACAGGUCACACAAUUUAUGCACGACGAAUUAUUAGCUCAUAUUUAUCAAUGUGGAGAUACGGAGACUUUGAUGGAAGAAUCACAACAAGAGGCUCAGAAGCGAGAAGAAAUGUUGCGGAUGUACCACGCAUGCAAAGAAGCUCUUCGUAUCAUUUCCGAGGUUAACAUGUCAACCCUAGGCGAUGCACCGCCUCCACUUCCUCCUAGUGAUUAUCGACCCAUGCCUUCGGGUCCUUCACCAAUCCCUCGCCCUGCACCUGCUCCUCCUGGCGGACGCCAAGCUCCGAUGCCACCACGACCAGGCGGUCCGGGCGGUCCUCCACCUAUGCAUAGGGGUCCUCCGGGCCCCCCGCCUGGUGCUGGAGGAUAUCCCCCACCAUUGGUUCCAACACGAGUUCCCACACCUAGCAAUGGGACAGCGCCCCAGAUUCCAGCAAGGCCGAUUGUUCCGGCGCGGCCUUUCUGA